GUGAUGGGAAUAUUUAAUCAAUAACUGUACAGCUGGUCAGCAGACCUGAACUGACGUCGAGCUCGCUGUACGAAAAACACAGCGAUAACCUCCAAAAAAUGACAGAAUCUUUGCGGUUCCUUGGUUCCCUCACCGGUCACAAAGGAUGGGUCACUGCCAUCGCCACUUCAUCCGAGAACCCAGAUAUGAUUCUCACUGCUUCCAGAGACAAAACAAUCAUUGUCUGGCAGCUCACACGAGACGAUGACUCCUAUGGCUACCCAAAACGUAUUCUCCAAGGCCAUAACCACUUUGUAUCCGACGUCGUCAUCUCUUCUGACGGUCAAUUCGCCCUUUCUUCGUCCUGGGACCACACAUUACGACUUUGGGACCUGAACACUGGACUCACGACGCGUCGAUUUGUUGGGCAUACUUCUGACGUCUUGUCCGUCAGUUUCAGCGCUGACAAUCGUCAAAUCGUCUCUGGAUCGCGCGACAAGACCAUCAAACUUUGGAAUACCCUUGGAGAAUGUAAAUACGAUAUCAAAGAUGAUGGCCACUCUGAGUGGGUAUCCUGUGUUCGAUUCAGCCCGAACGUCAUGAACCCGGUAAUUGUGUCUUCUGGAUGGGACAAGGUCGUCAAGGUCUGGGAGCUUUCGAAAUUCAAGCUCAAAACCAACCACUAUGGUCACACUGGCUACAUCAACACCGUCUCCGUAUCACCCGAUGGUUCGCUUGCAGCUUCCGGAGGCAAGGAUGGUAUCACCAUGCUAUGGGACCUCAAUGAGGGUAAACACCUCUAUUCUCUUGAGGCUGGUGAUAUUGUCAACGCGCUUGUCUUCUCCCCCAACCGAUACUGGCUCUGUGCAGCAACUGCCAGCUGUGUCAAAAUCUUCGACCUGGAAAGCAAGUCCAUUGUGGACGAGCUCAAGCCUGCUUAUGCUGAGGAGGGUGGCCGGCAGCCUGAAUGUGUCUCCAUUGCAUGGUCUGCUGAUGGGCAGACUUUAUUCGCUGGUUUUACUGAUAACUGUCUCCGCGUCUGGACCGUUACUUCAUAGUUUUUGUACAUUAUUUGACGUGUGUAAGCAGGUUCUGCCAGCCUCAAUAUUAUCCAAAAUC